AUCACGCAGGCUCACCCUUGAUCCUCCUCCUCCCCGGCCAACCAACAAAAAAAUGGCGCCACCGCGGAACCAUCCCGGCCUGUUCCUCUGCCUCCUUUUGCUCGUGUCCACCGCCACGCUCUCCGCCGCGUCCUACUCCUCCGUCUGCCCCAAGCCCGGACACGCUGACGACCGCUACACCGACGGCAACGAAAUCCUCUUACUCACCAGCUUCUUCCAGAUCUCCACCGGUUACUUCUCCGAGGGCGCGGACAGCUUGUUCUCCGCCACCGACGAUGAUGACCUCUACGGCAGCUAUCGCUCGUUUUCCCUUUUCCCCCACGGCGCCUCCCACACCAGCGACCAGGCUCUCGUGCACCUCACAGCUGCCACCCUCACCCUCACCGGCCCCCGCAUCCGCACCUACGGCAGGCCUGGACGCCGCCGCAAUUACACCGACACCGGGUCCAUCUCCUUCGUCCUCGACGGCUUCUACUCCUCCGCCUCACUCGAACUCUGCAUGGCCGGGAAGGGCACCGAGCUCGCCGCCGACGGCUCUCCCAAGCACUACCCCGACGUCGUCCUCCGCCUCCGCGUCCCCGACCGUCCCUCCCUCACCGAUCCCUUCGUGACCGGCAGUCUAGAGGUCUCCGGCUUCGGGGCCAUCCAGCUCCUCUCGUACGCCGAGGGCGACAACUACAAGUACGCCUCCGAGGGCGCGGCCUGCAGCGCACCGACGCCGACGCAGCCCGCCAGGGGCUCGCUCCAGGUGCUCGGCAGCGGCUUCGCCUGGUGCGCCCAUCUGAAACAACAGCUCGUGACCUCGUACAGGCUGGAGCAUGGCGGCGAACCGCUUCCGCGGCGGAUGCACGUCAACCAGAUGCAGUGCACCGCGGACGGCGCCGUGCGCGCGUACGUGGUGUUCUCCAACGACACUGGGUCGACCGAGAGGCGCCGAUUCUUCAACUACCAGCAACACCGCUUCUUGGUGGACGAGGAGGCUGUCGUGGCCGACGGGCACUGGGACCAGGAUCGGGGCCUGCUCUGCCUCAGGGCGUGCCGGGUGCGGCGCUCGGCCUCGCCGCCGUCUGCUCUGGCGGUGCCAAAGGACGAGUGCGGGAUCAGGAUGAGCUUCUGGUUCCCGGCCGUGUGGACGGUGCGGGACCGGAGCGUCGUGGCCGGGAUGCUUUGGAACUGGAGCCAGACGGGUACUGGCAGCCACGACGGUGUGACAACAGCGUCGAGCAUGGACGCCGCCGACAACGGAUUCAUCGACGUCACCGACGACCACAGAAGCAGCAACCUCUCAGAUGUGAAGUACAGCUACAACAAGACGAUCCUUGAGGUGGCCAAGAAGCAUUACCUGAAGAUCAAGACGAAGAAGAUCAAGGGCUCGUUCCCGGCCGGUAAUUACACUUACCACGACUUCAUGCUUCAGUUCUACGGGAGAAACUCGGGGCAUGGCCAUGGAGAAGCCUACCCUGUGGCAAUCGGUCCGGUGAUGGUCUACGGGGAUAGGCUGGCCGCCGACGAUUCUCUCUCGCGGAAUGGGGUGCUUGAGGUUGACACGAAGCAGGAUCUGCUAAGUGUCAGCUACGAUAUACAUUAUCAUGCUCCACCUGAAGGCUGGGUGCCUCCCACGAACCGGUCAUACUCAGUUAGCCUUCACAAACGGCGAAUCUCAGCAGAGGGCGUUUAUGAUCCCAAGAGGGGCAUCCUGUGCAUGGUCGGAUGCCGAGAGCACAACGACUCGACCGACUGCCAAAUGCUGGUCACUGUGAAGUUCGCCUCCCUUGAUGCCAGGGGUAAGGGGCACGGCACAGGAGUAAUCAGCAGCCUCAGAGACAAGUCCGAUCGCCUUUACUUCGACAAGAUCGACAUCGGUUUGUACGGGAUGUACUCGGACCAAGUGUCGGAGGCGAUAUCGAGGAUGGACCUGGAGGGCAUCAUGCUGGUGGCGUCCACGACGCUGUCGUGCGUCUUCACCGUCCUGCAGAUCCUCCGCACCAAGAACAACCCCGAGGCGGCUCCGGCGACGUCGAUCACCAUGCUCGCCAUCCUCACGCUGGGCUACCUCACGCCUCUCGUGCUCAACUUCGACGCCCUGUUCACGAGCAGGAGGAGCCGGUACUCCUUGUACUGGACGAGCGACUGGCGCGAGGUGAAGGAGGUGGUGAUGAGGGCGCCAACGCUGCUCGCCUUCGUGCUGCAGCUGCGCCUCCUUCAGCUCGUGUGGUCCGGCCGCCGGAGGCCGGCGGACCAGAGCAACACCGCCACGCCGUCGCCCGUCGUGUCCGAGAGGAUCGUGCUGCAGAUAUGCUUGCCGCUGUACGUGCUCGGAGGAGCCCUGGCCGCGGCCGUCCACGUGAUCAACGUCCGCGCCGCGAACGAGGAGCCGCUGGUGGUGCGCAUCGGCGGAGAGCCGGCCACGAUCUGGGAGGACCUCGUGUCGUACGGUGGUCUGAUACUGGACGGCUUCCUGCUCCCUCAGAUCAUCCUGAACGCGUCGUUGGCAGGCUCCGGACUCCGAGCGAUCUCGCCGUGGUUCUACGCGGGGGUCACCAUGACCCGGGUGAUGCCACACGUGUACGACGUGGUGAGGCGGCAGGUCUACGAGCCGAGCAUGAGCUCCUCCGACCUGUACGCCAGCCCUCGGGGCGACCUCUUCGGCGUCGCGUGGGACAUCAUCAUACCGUGCGGAGCGGGAGUGCUGGCCGUGCUGGUCUUCUUGCAGCAGCGGCUUGGAGGCAGCGCGUUGCUUCCUUCACAGAGGAAGAGAUCCGGUGGGUAUGAGAUGGUCUCUAGCAUCUAACAGAAAACGGGAUACUGGUAAUUCAGAACGAGGGCAGUCGUGGUCGUCGAUGGGACAACAAUGCGCUGGUUCCAAGAAAAAAGUAUUGCUUGAAAGCAAAGUAAAGCUCCCUCAUGUUUAUGGAGUUACCAAAGCUAAAUAUCAGUCGAUUUAGACUUAGUUAUAUGUUGCCGUCGAUGUUAUAUUCGUAAGAUCUUACAUUAAAAUAUAUGAAAAAUAUUUUUUUUUC